ACUUGAUCUUGCAUUGGGUUACAGAGAGAGAGAGACGAGCGAAAACAACCAUCGUAGAGCGAAGAGAUUGAUUAAACACCAUGUCGAAUACUGUGGAACCUGGAUUGGCGAAGUCGACAGGAAUUAUCAGUGUCGCAGCCGGUGUAUGUGGCUUUGGAAAUUGUAUCUGUGGAUUUAUUUGGCUUGGAUACAAGGGCUAUGGAGGCCAUGGUCUGUGGUCAGGCUUUGGCUUACUCUUGGCCGCUGCAAUGGGAUUGUUCAUAUGGCGAUAUAGAAACAAGGGUAUCAUGGUAGCUUUCCUUGUGACGUGUAUAAUCUUGGUGAUUGUUGUGGGGAUCCAGACCAUUAUUGCCGCCUUGGGAUAUAUUUUAUGGCGUCUGUUCAGGGACGCUACAGAAUGUUAUACCGAUGCUGGAAGAUGUCACUGUCGAGCCACCGACGGACAAAGGAUUCCCAUGGAUCUGGAAACAUGUGACCCGAUCACCGCCAUCGACAGCCUCUUCCUGUCAAUGACAAUUUUUUCCGCCUUUGGUACCGUCAUCUCACUUGCUGGCUCUGUUCUGGGAUGUAUGGGAACAUGUUGCGCAAGAACUCAGCAGCCUGGAGCAGUUGUUGUAGUCCAGCAGCCAUCCGGUACCCAGUCUACUGUGGUCUACACUGCCCCUCAGUACACUGGAGAGGGCUACCCAGUCCAGUACCCUAUGGCUCAACCUGGACAAUAUCCUGCACAGAAUGCUGCAGCCCCAAUGGGCCACUAUCCUCCACCCCAGUACUCUGCCACUGCACUAGGUGGAGUACAGCAUGGAGCUGAGGCAAUACCACCCAAGGCAUAGUGGGACAUUUGAAGUCUAAGCCAGUGUCUGGAAAGGACAGUACCUUUUGCUUUUGCCAUAAACGUAUGGCAUUAAUUUGUAGAACAAUAGAACAAGUUUCCAACAAAACAAGACAUAAAUACUUUUCCUUUAGAAAUGUGAUGUUUGAAGAUUUAUGCCAAUUUUGUGCACACAGGUUCAUUUGGAUGAGAUCAUUCCAUUUGUUACAUUUUUUCUAGAUAAAAAUUUCCUAAAAAGUAUCUGUGUACUGAAUUUAAGGAGAAAAUUUACCAUGUCAAUGGCUUCACUGUUGAAAUAACAAAAGGCUUCUCUUGUCCAAGUUUCAUCAAGAACUUCUCAAACUGCAAUCAAACUAUGCUAAUAUUCAACCUACUUUCCUUUUUAACCUUUUGCUGCAAACCUUUUGAAGAAUUAGAACUAUAUGUUAUGCUGUUUGUAGUUAAAACAUAUUGGAUAUAGUUUGUCAUAGAAACACUUUGAAAAUAGUUGUUGAUUGUAAUUAGAUAUUAUAACAAAUUGUCUUGU